AUGCAUGCAAUAAAGUGGUUCUCAGCGCUCGUGUCCGACUCCCUCCUUCAGGUCCACCACCCCCAGCCCUGGCCUAGCCUUGGGACAGUGCCCCGCCCUCCGGGUUCUGGCGGCAGCGGCUGCGACCCAGGAGCCCGGCCCCCUGGGCGCCCCCUGCUCCGCCGCCUGCUGCUCGCCGCGCUCUUGCAGCUGGCCCCCGCCCAGGCCCCUGUCUCCCAGCCUGAUGCCCCUGGCCACCAGAAGAAAGUAGUGUCAUGGAUAGAUGUGUAUGCUCGUGCCACCUGCCAGCCGCGGGAGGUGGUAGUGCCUCUGACUGUGGAGCUCAUGGGCACUGUGGCCAAGCAGCUGGUGCCCAGCUGUGUGACUGUGCAGCGCUGCGGUGGCUGCUGCCCUGACGACGGCCUGGAGUGCGUGCCUACUGGGCAGCACCAAGUCCGGAUGCAGGUACUGGGGCAGGUGAAGUGUGCUUGGCUGCGGUGGAUGCUGGCGCUC